AUGCGCGAUUUCUUUGGCUCAAACGCCCUGGCCCCACAAAAGGAAGCCUGGACCAACCGAUAUCUUCUAGACAUGGACGGUAAUGCUCUCAGUGGUCGAUUCUACACACUCUUAGAGAGUCUGAGCCUGCCGCUCAAAGUCGCCUACUAUCGUGAGUGGCACAUGUCUAGAAUUAUACCUUGGAAACAUUUUGUACCAUUGACAGCUACAACGGAUGAGUACGAUGAGAUCUUACGAUUCUUUGAAGAAGAGGACGAUGGUCGCAGAACUGCUGAAAGACUAGCAAUUGAAGGGCAUGAGUGGGUCAAGAAUGUUGCUCGAAAAGAAGACAUGGAAGUAUACAUGUUUCGACUUCUACUUGAGUAUGCAAGAGUCAUCGACGAUGAUCGUCUGCAUCUCGGCUUCAAGCAGUAA